AUGAAUCAAUCAAUAGCGAAUAAUUCAAUUAAUCAACAAAAUACAACAAUAAAUGAAGAUGAAAAUAAUAGUAAUGAAUUUGAUAAUUUAUUAGAUAUUUUCUCAUCUGAUAUGGAUUUUGAACAAGCUUUUUCAAUGUAUAAUAAUUUACAACAAUCUAAAAUUAUUGGAUCAUUUGAAGAAUUAAAUAAAUUUCAACAAUUAAAUAGUCAAUAUGUUACUAAUUUAAAUAAUCAAUCUGGUUCAAUAUCUUCUAUAAAUCAGCAGCAACAACAACAACAACAACAGCAGCAACAGCAGCAAGUACAACCACCAAUUUUACAACAAACACAACCAACUCCGGAUGAAUUUGCCUUCUCAAGACAACAAAUACUAAAUGGUCCAUCACAACUUCAACUACAACAAACACAAAUUCAACAACAAACACAACAACAACAACAACAACCACAAGAAGAAGAUGAAUAUGAUCAAUUUUUCACAAAUACUGAAUCAGAUGCUUUAGAAAGAUUUUUAGAUAAUUUAGCUAAUCCAAAUUCAUCAGCUGAUCCAUUACAAUUUUAUAGGUCAAAUUCAACAACAAAUCAUCAUAUUCAAGCUCAUAAAGAUCUUGAUUUAGAUUUUAAUUUUGAAAUGCAUACUAUGAAAGUACCAACACCAUCAUUCAAACAACAAGAACAAUCACAAUUACAGUCACAAUCACAAGCACAAUCACAAUCACAACAUCAAAAUCAAAAUCAUCAUCAAAACCAACUUCAUGAACAGCCAAAACAAAUGCAUUCACCACCUUAUGAACAACAAAAAUCAUCAUAUAAUUCAAAUUUAAAUAUAAAUGAUAAUAUAAUACAACAACCAUCACCACCACAUUCAUUUCAUCAUCAAUUAGUGCAAAAUCAAUCUCAACAACAAACUGUACAACCACCUAUCUUGAAUAAUCCCUUUUUACAAAGUGGUAAUUUUAAUCAAGAUCAUAAAACUCUUAAAAGAGAAUUAGCUGAAGCAUUUGCUCCAACAGAAACUUUCACACAAAAAGUAUCAACUAAUAUAAAAUCACCAAAACUACAACAGCCUAUUCAAAAUUCAAAGCAAAUUAAAUCAAUACCGACGACUACUGAUCCAAAAAUCAAAACUGAACCUACCACAAAUCAAUUAAUAACACCACCAAUUUCAGGAGAUGAAUGUAAAAAAAGACAAAGUGAUGAUGAAGAAGAUGAUGAAGAAAUGUCAUCAUCAGAAGAAGAUAACUCAUUAAGUUUAGUAAAUUCAAAUUCAUCAUCAUCAUCAGAGAAUCAACAACAACCAAAAUUAAAAAAAAGAAGAAGAUCAUCAAAUAAACCAUUAUUAACAUUAGCUCAAAAAAGAUUAAAUCAUUCAGCAUCAGAACAAAAAAGAAGAAUGGCAUGUAAAACAGCUUAUAAUAGAUGUUUGAAUCUUAUUAUAGAUUUAAAAAAAUUUGAAAAUUUACCUGAUCAUAAUAAUCAAAAUGAUAUUGAAAGAAAAAGUAAAAGAGCUUUAAAAACAAAAGAUGGUUUACCAAAUUUAUCAAAACAUAAUGCAUUAGUUAGAAUUAGUAAUGAAAUGAUUUUAAUUAAAUCAUUAAAUGAAAAAUUAAAAGCAUUAUUGAAUUGA